GCCUAGCUAAACCUCCAGCAGAAAUCGUUGCUGCAUUGAGAAGUCACAGAGCAUGGGGAAAAGGAGGACGCCGACGCUUCAAUCAACAAUAGUAUCGCAUUCCAUCUCAAAACUCAAUCCAGCCAUCAGGUCUAUGGCACUAAAUAAUAAGCCACUGUGGGAGCAGAAGGUGGAAGCUUUUAGAAGUUUUGGUUUGUCAGAGGAUGAGAUUUGUUCAGCAUUCAAGCGGCAACCCUUGUGUAUGGCUAUUUCGGAGAAAAAGAUCAAGAAAAUGAUGGGUUUCUUUGUGAACAAACUGAAGAUGAAUCCUUCUAUGAUCUCCAAGAGUCCGAAUCUUCUACUGUAUAGCUUGGAGAAGCGAAUUAUUCCGAGGUGUUCAGUUCUGCAAGUUUUGAUGUUGAAGGGGUUGAUCAAGGACGAUAUUGGCAUCCCUUCUAAGGUCGCAAUGGCCGAGAAGGAAUUCAUGGUGAAAUUUGUGAGCAAGUAUCAAAAUGAGGUUCCUGAUGUUGUUAGAGCGCACCAAGGGAAGAUAGAAUUUCAAGGGCUCCCCAUAGCCAUGGAGAUGUGAGUACUUUUGACAUAAUCAAAUGCGGCAUUGGCUAAAGAUCAUGAGUUCAGUUUUAGUUCAACAUGUUUGCAUUUGUGUAAAUUACUUUGUGGAGGUGUCUCGGAAACUUUGUAUGGUAAUUGUCCUUGAUUUUGAUUCAUUUUUUAUUUGCCCCUCAAUUAUCAUUUUACU